AUGGCGUCCGCUCAGCUGGAGAAGACGGAUGAACUAGUCUCGGCCGGUCCCAUCAUCACCGAGGAGACCCUGAACCGAAAGGAACAGGCCGAAGUCCUCGGCGUCGAUGAAAAGGCUGGUGCCAAUCUCGAUAAUGGUGAGGAGGAGGUUGUCGACGAAAAUGACACCAGAAUCAAGGAUAUCCCACCCUAUGUGAGGCGCAUCGUCAGCUUCACCAAUGAUCCUACAGAACCGACUUUGACCUUUCGAUACUUCCUCUUGACCAUCCUUUUCGUCGCCCCUGGUGCCUUCUUGUCACAGAUGGCCCACUACCGAACAACAUAUGCCCCCUACUCCGUCUUCUUCGUCCAGAUUGCCUCCAACUACGUCGGCGUAUGGCUGGCCAAGGUCCUUCCGGCCUGGUGGGUUGGAAUCCCUGGCACCAAAUGGGGCUUCAGUCUGAACCCGGGUCCCUUCAGCACCAAAGAACACGUUCUGGUCACCAUUUCUGCAGCAUCUGGUGCCACUUACAACCUGGGCUACACCCCCAUCUCCAUGUCCGAACUCUACUUCAACCAGCCCGUCAAUGGUGCCGUGGCCACCUUCUUCAUGUUGGCCAUCACCUGGACAGGCUACUCAUACGCGGCACUGGCUCGCCAGUUCCUGAUCUACGAUCCUCAGUACCCCUGGUUCCAGUCUCUCUGCCAGACUGCUCUCUUCGAGACCCAGAAGAAGCAGCGUGAGAACCCAAGCCGUGCCUCUCGGAAGCAGAUGGUCAUCUUCUUUGCCGUCAUGGGCGGCGUCAUCUUGUGGCAGUUCCUGCCCGAGUUCGUCUUCCCAUUUUUGGGCUCUCUUGCGUUCCUCUGCUGGGUUGCGCCGCAUAACAAGACGGCCAACUUUGUCGGUGCCGGCUUCGGUGGCAUGGGAUUCUUGAACUUGUCGUUUGACUGGUCUAGUAUUUCAACCAACGGUAGUCUCUUCUUAACUCCUUGGUGGACCCAGGUUGUCCUCUUUGCCGCCUUUGUGGUUAACUGCUGGAUCUUGAUUCCUGCUUCCAAGUUUGGUAACCUUGGAAAGUGGAAUCAUCAGCUGAUGUCUAACCGUGUCUUCUUGGAAAACGGAACGAGAUACCCUUUGACCGAUCUCCUGACUGCAGAUGCCAAGCUGAACGAGACCGCUUAUGCACAAUACGGAGAACUAUUUGUCGGCCCCCAAAGCUUGUGGAGCAUGUUCUUCGACUACGCUUCAUAUUCUUCAGCCCUCGUCUGGAUGCUACUCUUUGGCUGGCCCCAGAUCAAGGAGAGUUUCAGGAAGCUCAAGGAGCGCUCAACAAAGAAGGACUCGGGCAAGAUUACGGAGCAGUACAAAGAUCAGAUCAACAUCUUGCAGCGCCCCUAUGAUGAAAUUCCAUUCUGGUGGUUUGCCGCCCUGUUUUUGGUCUCGUUUGUCAUGCUCAUUGCCAUGGUUGGCAAGAACUUGCUGUUUAUUCCCGUGUGGACCUACUUUGUGGCCAUUGCGACAGGAGCUCUUGUUGUCGUGCCGUUGGGCUGGCUGUAUGCCCUGUCCAACUUUCAACUUCCCAUCGGAACAACCAACGAACUCUUGUACGGUGUCAUGGUCAACGCCGUGUCUGGAUUCAAGAACCCCUGCGGCGCUUCCACUUACGGCGCCAUCGCAGGAGAUGCCUGGUAUCGUGCGCAGCUCAACCUCCAGGACAUGAAGAUUGGCCACUACAUGCAUGUUCCUCCCAAGGCUGUCUUCUUCUCGCAAGUCUUUGGCUCAGCCAUCGGUAUCCCCAUUGACUACGCCGUCAUUCGAUGGGUCAUCGACACCAAGAGGGACUACUUGUCUGGCGCCAAAGAAGAUCCCACUCACCAAUGGACUGGUCAGGCUCUGGCCUCGUCCCUCACGUCUGGCGUUCAGUACGUGCUUGUUGGCCCCAGCCGUCUCUUCAAGCAGGAUAUUUACAAGCCUGUUCCCUAUGGCUUCCUGGUUGGCGCCGUGUGCCUCAUCAUCAUCUUCUUCCUGCACAAGAUGUUCCCGCGAGCCAAGUUCCAGCUGUGGAACACCACCAUCUUCUUCUCGGCCAUGUCCAUCUUCUACGGCAACAUCAGCACGGGCUACACAUCGAGCUUCAUUGGAGGCUUCGUCGUCAUGUUUUUGGCUUACCGAUACCGCUACGACCUGUGGGCGCGAUGGAACUACAUUCUGGCAGCAGCUUUUGAUGCUGGUUUCAACUUCAACAUGCUGCUCAUCUUCUUGUGCUUUGGCGCGGGUAAGAUUAUUGAGAUGCCCAACUGGUGGGGAAACAAUGCGGACAGCAGCGAGCGCUGUUUUGCGUUGAGCGACUGA